UUAAAACCCUUCUCAAGCAAGUGUGUCUCAUUGCUCAGAACCCAUUCUUCCCAUAACAAAAACCCUCUAGCCAAAACCCCAAAUCUUGUUGAAACCCUUCUCUUGAAUUCUCUUUUCACCCCUAAAAAUCCCAUCUUUUUGCAUUCUUUGAAUUCAGGAAAACAUUUUUUUGUGAUGAAUAAUCAGGGGAGGUAUCAGCCAGGGUUUAGAGGCACCAGGGGUGGUGGGGUUUUUCGUGGAAGCCCAAAUUAUUAUCAGCAGAGGCCAGGUGUGCAGCAGAAUAAUCAGCAUCAGCAGCUUUGGUUGAGGAAAAGGCCAGGUGGGCCCGGGGAAAGGAGGGGUGGCAACACUUUUCAGGCUCAGGCCCACAAUGAUUCUGGCUCUCAAGACUGGAAAGCUCAAGUAAAGAAACCACCACCUGACAAUCGUUACAAGACAGAGGAUGUCACUGCCACCAAAGGAAAUGAGUUCGAGGACUAUUUCUUGAAACGAGAGCUGCUCAUGGGUAUAUAUGAGAAAGGAUUUGAUAAGCCUUCACCUAUCCAGGAAGAAAGCAUACCUAUAGCCCUUACUGGAAGUAAUAUCCUUGCUAGAGCAAAAAAUGGAACUGGCAAAACUGCUGCAUUCUGCAUUCCUGCACUUGAAAAGAUAGACUCAGAUAAGAAUGUUAUUCAAGUUGCUAUUCUAGUCCCGACUAGGGAGCUAGCCCUUCAGACAUCCCAAGUGUGCAAAGAACUUGGGAAACAUCUAAAAAUUCAAGUGAUGGUCACUACUGGAGGAACCAGUCUGAAGGAUGAUAUUAUGCGUUUGUAUCAACAUGUCCAUUUGCUGGUUGGAACACCUGGAAGAAUAUUGGAUCUGACAAAAAAGGGAGUCUGCUUGUUGAAUGAAUGUUCCAUGCUAGUUAUGGAUGAGGCUGAUAAGCUGCUGUCACCGGAGUUUGAGCCUUCAGUAAAGGAGUUAAUUGAUUACCUUCCCCAGAAUCGACAAAUAUUAAUGUUCUCUGCUACAUUUCCGGUUACUGUCAAAGCGUUUAAGGACAGAUAUUUAGGAACACCGUAUGUCAUUAAUCUGAUGGAUGAACUGACCCUUAAAGGUAUCACACAAUAUUACGCUUUUGUAGAAGAAAGACAGAAGAUCCACUGUCUCAAUACUCUAUUUUCAAAGCUACAAAUCAACCAAUCAAUUAUUUUCUGCAACUCUGUGAGUCGAGUUGAACUGUUGGCCAAGAAAAUCACAGAACUGGGCUAUUCUUGCUUUUAUAUUCAUGCUAAGAUGCUGCAAGAUCAUCGCAACAGAGUGUUUCAUGACUUUCGGAAUGGUGCAUGCAGAAAUCUUGUGUGCACUGAUCUCUUUACGAGAGGAAUAGACAUCCAAGCAGUCAAUGUCGUCAUAAAUUUUGAUUUUCCAAGGACAUCAGAGACAUAUCUGCACAGGGUUGGUCGUUCAGGAAGGUUUGGACAUCUAGGUUUAUCCGUGAAUUUGAUAACUUACGAAGACCGCUUCAAUAUGUAUAAUAUUGAGAAAGAGCUUGGCACCGAAAUUAAACAAAUUCCUCCGGCAAUAGAUCAAGCGGUCUACUGUCGGUGAUUUAAGCUCAACAGUGGCUUUAGAAAGACGCAAAUGUGACAGGCUGACAGCAUUCCUGCCAUUUGCACACGUACUAUGAUACUAAUGGAAACAUUUAACAAACCUCCUGAUGCUCAGUGAUACCUUGUUCUCUUUAACAAACAUAUAUCUUCGUCUGCACUUCACUAGAUUGUCAACAUGGAAGCAGUCAACUUGUAGUUCUAGGAGAAAAUUAGACAGAAGCAAAUCAUAUGACUUUGGGUUGUGAAGCCGGUAUGGCUGGUUUUGCCGGAGACUUUCUUUUUUGGUUUUUUAUUUCUUUUUGUUUUUCUGGAUUAUUGUGGGCCUUUACAUAUGUAAAGGAUGUUCAGUUGUUUAGAUCGUAAUUUGUUCAUGGAUGUUAGUUAUUGGGUGGGAUGGUCAUAUUGACCCUGUUUGUGGCUAAGUGAUCUAUAUCUCUUGAUUUCAAGUUUCAGAAGAGAUAGGACCUUUACAUAUGUAAAGGAUGGUCGCUUAUUUAGAUCGUAAUUCAUGCACGGAUGGUAGUUCUUGGCAAACGGCCAAGUGAUCUGUAUCGCUUGAUUUCAAGUUUCAGAGGAGAUAGCAAUACGAGACAUAGUUACAGAAUUCCAAGAGCUGUACAAUAACAUUACAACUCUUAUUUUGUUUCAAAGAAUGAUGAUUUUAGUA